AGCCGAAAGGAACGCAUGUCGGGCAUCGGUAUAUCCUGAUUAUUCAACGGUGUUGAAUAUCCAGGAUAUCGAAUUUCCAAUGACAUUGAACCAAAUUAAAAAGUUUGAACACGCCAACAGCAUCUCCAUCAACGUCUACACCACUGAAGAAAAGAAGGUUCUACCGAUACGGCUCGCCACACGGAAGAUGGAGAGACAUGUCAAUUUGCUGUAUUUGGAAGGAGCAAACUGCGUGGGAGAUUUCGCGUGGAUCAAAAACUUGUCUCGCCUCGUGAGCUAACAAUUGAGUAAAAAGAAUCAUCGAAAAUACUUUUGCGAUAGAUGUUUGCACUACUUUAGUUCGAGUGAAAAGCUGGAAGCUCACACCGUAGAUUGCGAGAGAUAGGAAUGCGCAAUCGUAUUACCAGAUGAUAUAAGCAAGUGGCUCCGGUUCGACAACUACAUCCGGAAAGAGCGACUUCCAUUUGUGGUGUACGCCGACCUCGAGUGCAUUCUGGAGACAACUGAUCGAGAAGCACCAAGAUCCACAUACCAGCAUCAUAAAGUAUUUAGUAUUGCAUAUUAUGUUCAAUGCGUGUACGAUUCGUCCUUGUCGGUGUACCAAUGUCGUCGUGAUGCGAAUUGUGUUUCCUGGUUCGUCGAAGAAUUACAGAAUUUGAUACAUUUUGUUAAAUCAAUUCUAUCAAAUAACAUACAAAUGGAUGAUUUAACGAGCGAACAGCAGGAGGUUUUCUAUAUAUUCACAAUCAAAUUACAAAAUAUUCAAAGAGUGCGGGUUACGAUGUUGAUGCAAGAAGAAGGCUCCAUUUACAACGCGUCUGCUAAACGCGAGUUAAAAGAUGCACUCGUGCAUUGUAUUACUCUCCUCGAAAAAAAGAAUCUCAUAGAUAUCGAAUUGUCUUCCACGAUUUCUGAAAAUGCAAUCGUGAUAGGGGAAAAAUUAUAUGAACUCAUCGUGGAAAUGCUAGGCGAAAAUAUGAUAAUUUCUGAGGAGGACCUUAUUGACGAUGGAGAAGAGAAAGAAGAUGAAUACGUUGAACCCGCAGAAGAUUUAUCGCAGGAUGAUGAUUUAUAUUACGAGCCAGAAGAAAAGAAGCCAGCAGGAGGCGAAUUUAUUCCUCUGGAAACAAAAAUUAAAGUUGUGCAAAUGGCAAAUCAACACCCUCGAUGGAGUUUACAUACUUUGCAAGUGAAGGGUUCAAGAAGUUUGAAAAGAAAAGAUCAGUUGAAAAUGGGAGGAAUCCAUAAAAAACGGUGGGACAAUUUUUGA